UGGCAGGCGGAUUCUUAACCACUGCACCACCAGGGAAGCCCCACCCUGGGAAUCUUAUCCAUAAAUACCCCAGCUCCAGAAUCACAAAUUCAUGCACCCUGCUCUCCGAAAACAACUUCCUACCCUCUCAGUGCCUCUUUCAGUUCCUUGUACUGUGACUGGUCUUUGGCCUUGCCUGGAAGUCCAGCUACGGACCUCUUUACUCUGCCAAUACCCCACCCUCUCUUGUCUACACACCCCUCCUCAUCCAGCUUUGAGUCCAUGGCCUGUCAUUUAGCAGCUCUCUUGCCAGUAACCUAAACUUCAUUGCUUACCUGCCUUGCAAACCUCUGAAUACAGUGGUUAUUUCUCUUUGAGCUUUCGCCAGGGCAGCCAAGGACAGCAGAAGGAGGAGGAGUAAUAAUAACGCUGGCUAAUACUUACAUGGCAUGUGUUAUGUGCCAAGCACUAAGUGCUUCACAUACUGGAACUCAAUUCCUCCUCCAGCACUAUGGGCUAGGUACUAUUAUUAUCAUCCCCACUGAUGGGCAAAGAACAUGGAGAGAAUAGAGGUUAAAUCACUCAACCAGACUCAAAGCAUACAGCUAAUUAAGUUGAGGAGCCAUGAUCAAACCCAUGCAGUCUGUCCAGAGUCCGUGUUUUGAUCAGUAUACUAUUUGCCCAGUGCACUGAGGCCACCCUUCCCUCCUUCCAUCAGCCAGGAAGUACUGGGUUCCUGCCACCCCGGUCCAGCACUGCUCUUAGUGGGGACAGUCCAAAGGAAGUCCAGAUCCUUCUUCACUGUACUUGGGGGCUGACAAUUUGUAAUAGUAGUAAUAGUAGUAGUAAUAAAUUACGUUUUCAGCUUUUAUUACGUGUGUCCUAAGUAUUUUACAUGUAUUUAUUUAACCCUCUCAACAACACUAUGAGGUGGAAACUACAAUUUUCCCCCUUUUGCUGGAGCACAUGAGAGGACAUAGUAAUGAGACUACAUUUGUACAACAGAGUGUUGGAAUCAGAUGGGAAGCUUGGUAGCUGGAUGCCAGAGCCCUGGCUCUUAACCGGGACCCUUUCCUACUUUUCUUCCGGCCACAAGACCUCCCAGGCCCAGCUCUUUCUGAGGACGGGGGAGGAGUCUUCUCUGCAUUGCCAGCAGGCCUGGUUCCCAAACCCAGGCCAGACCCUGGCCUUACAACUCCCAGAGCCCUACCGAGGUGGUCCUGGUUCCCUCUACUCUGAGGCUUCUGGGUGGUGAGCUGGGAGCUUAAGCAGGGGAGAGGAUGGGAACCCCACUGGUAAUUCCCCAGGGCCAGCCCAAGAGGCCUCUACUCUGAAAGGCCCAGGUCUGCCAGCAGUUCCCUGUAAAAAUAAAGCCUGAGCUCGUCCUCCCCAGGCCUUACCUGUCCCUUUGCGUGAAGUACCAGCUCAGACUCCCAGUUUGUACCCGGAGGACAGCAGGCAGGGCAGGGCAGGGCCUAGGCUGGAGUGGAUGGGGCUUCAGUGGCAGCUGGGGCUCAGAGCCCAGGGCUGCAGCAGAAAGCACUUAGCUUCCCCACUCCCCUCCUCACACCUAUCAAGCCCCUUCCCCCUAACCCAGGCAGGACCCUACCCCUCCCCACUUCCAAGAGUUAGUGGCAACCCGGCCUGGUUUAUCCAUCCCACCCCUCUCUCCCAUCCUCCCUCUUCCCAUUCCCCUGGCAACCAAACCAGAUUCAUCAAGGAGAAGGACCUGGCAGCUGUUCAGGGAGAGACUAAUAGCCCAGAAGGAAGGAGGGGCCUGGAGAGGAGACGAAGGCAAAGGCGGUAGGGAUGUGAGCCUAAGGGCGUUGGCCCAUCUCAGAGGACACACAAAGGCGGGGAGGCCCCUCUGCCCUGCAGUGCUGAGGGGAUGGCCAGCCAGGGAGCCGCCCUCCUCAUCCCCUCAGCCAGAGGUGCAGCCCGGAGUCCCAGACCUGUUUCCCCAGAAGCCCAGCUCUUGUCCUCAGGGCCGAUCCUACGCAGACCUGUCCUUACUGGAGAGCCCCGGAGUCCCCAGCAGCAGCAGCCCCUUAGCUCCUGGCAAGCCCAACAGGCCUCAGCACCUCGACUCCUGCAGACCAUCCAAGCUGCCUCUGUCCACUCCUGGGCAGCCCGUGCCUGCGUUCUGGAAGCCGUUUGACAUGCAAAGGCCAGACAUCAGCCUCCCUGCUAACUCUGGGGUGGGGGAGGGUAUGAAGGGCCCUGUGGUUGGGUGUGUCUAAUGUGUGUGCACAUAGGUGCACGGUGCUAUUACGCAUAUGCAUCUGUGGCUCUGUUCUGGGCCUUUUUCUCCUCUUUCAGUCCCUGAGCCUACGGGGAUGGGCACUUUCUCUUUCCCCUUCUCUCCCAAUCCAGCCCUCCUCUCGCUGGGUACCUGCAGCUCCUCAGCACUGGAAACCGGCUCCUGCCCGUGUGUCUAUCUCUCAGCCUUGGCAGCAGCUGCUACCCUUCAGCCCCCUCCCCUUCCUACUUCAGGAAUCGCCCCGGUUCCUGUAAGGCCCUGACUGAGCAGCGGUGGGUUGGGGGAAGGGAGUAUCCAGUAAAGCCAGACAGCACACGCUAGCUCACUCAGUUCAGCCUCCGGCAUGGCACAGACCCUCCCAAGUGGGACCCAGAGCUGGGCCUAGUCACCCUGAGCCCCCUCUGAUGUGCCCACCUUGCUGGGGCCUGGGGUAGAUUUUGGGAUCUGUGUCUUUAAGGCUGAGACAUCAGCAGGCAACCGCCUGGCCAAGUGUCCAGGGGAGGGGCAGGGGAAGAAGCAAGUCCAUUAGCAGCAGAGCUGGCGCCAGGCAGCAACCCUUCACAGAGCCCUGGGGAUUUCAGGGACAGCAGCCCUUCCUCACCCACCUCAGCUGCCUCUGCACUCCCGUCCCCCAGAUCUCCCUGGGUGUGGUGACAGAGGGGGCAGCUGACAGCAUUUGAAAGCAGAGCCUAGCCUUCAGGGGCCAUGUGGAGGUACAGCCUCUGGGGCCUAAGCCAGGCCAAUUCUCCCUGCACCUGGGCUGCGUCCUCCCUGCACCUGGGCUGCGUCCUCCCUGCCCACGUACCAGAAGCCUGCCCUUUAACAUACAGUCCACCUAGCCCCCAGUUUUUACCAGCUCUUUCAGGCAGGGACCCCAGUUCCAGUGAGGCCCUCCCACCCUAGGCUCCAGCUCCGGAUAUUUGCUGGAAGGCACUGACCCCCCCAACACCCGAACCCCCCCCUCCCGCCUCCCUGGGGCCUGUGGUGGCCAUCCCUGUCUCCUUCCCCACCACGAACUGGGGGAAUCAAGUAGGCAGGGCGCCGGCAACCAGGGAGGGAGGGUGCGGCGCUCCUGCAGCUCCGCAGGGGUGGGGCGUCCCCCUCCCCACAUAGCCCCACCGUCAGGCCAGUGGGAGGAGCAGCCCAUGCCCCCCCUGAGCCCGCAGGGCUAUAAAGCCGCCUCGCAGCGGUUUGCGGCUCCUUCCCAGCGCCCGGACAAGCUCUGUCAGCGGUGACUCCCCAUCCUCGGCCGCCAUGAGCCACCCGUCGGGCCUCCGGUCCGGCGUCAGUUCCACCUACUACCGCCGCACCUUCGGGCCACCGCCCUCGCUGUCCCCGGGGGCCCUCUCCUACUCUUCCAGCUCCCGCUUCUCGAGCAGCCGCCUGCUGGGCUCGGCGUCCCCCGGCUCCUCCGUGCGCCUAGGCAGUUUCCGCAGUCCCCGGGCGGCCGCGGGCGCCCUCCUGCGCCUGCCCUCAGAGCGCCUCGACUUCUCCAUGGCCGAGGCCCUCAACCAGGAGUUCCUGGCCACGCGCAGCAACGAGAAGCAGGAGCUGCAGGAGCUCAACGACCGCUUCGCCAACUUCAUCGAGAAGGUGCGCUUCCUGGAGCAGCAGAACGCGGCCUUGCGCGGGGAGCUGAGCCAGGCCCGGGGCCAGGAGCCGGCGCGCGCCGACCAGCUGUGCCAGCAGGAGCUGCGCGAGCUGCGGAGGGAGCUAGAGCUGCUGGGCCGCGAGCGAGACCGGGUGCAGGUGGAGCGCGACGGGCUGGCGGAGGACCUGGCGGCGCUCAAGCAGAGGCUGGAGGAGGAGACUCGCAAGCGCGAGGAUGCGGAGCACAGCCUCGUGCUUUUCCGUAAGGACGUGGACGACGCCACCCUGUCCCGCCUGGAGCUAGAGCGCAAGAUUGAGUCUCUGAUGGAUGAGAUUGAGUUCCUCAAGAAGCUGCACGAGGAGGAGCUGAGAGACCUGCAGAUGAGCGUGGAGAGCCAGCAGGUGCAGCAGGUCGAGGUGGAGGCGACCGUGAAGCCCGAGCUGACGGCGGCGCUGAGGGACAUCCGUGCCCAGUACGAGAGCAUCGCAGCGAAGAACCUGCAGGAAGCAGAAGAGUGGUACAAGUCCAAGUACGCGGACCUGUCUGACGCCGCCAACCGGAACCACGAGGCCCUGCGCCAGGCCAAGCAGGAGAUGAACGAGUCGCGACGCCAGAUCCAGAGCCUGACGUGCGAGGUGGAUGGGCUUCGCGGCACGAACGAGGCGCUGCUCAGACAGCUGCGGGAGCUGGAGGAGCAGUUUGCCCUGGAAGCCGGCGGGUACCAGGCGGGCACCGCACGGCUCGAGGAGGAGCUGCGGCAGCUAAAGGAGGAGAUGGCGCGACACCUGCGAGAGUACCAGGAGCUCCUCAACGUCAAGAUGGCCCUGGACAUCGAGAUCGCCACCUACCGGAAGCUACUUGAGGGCGAGGAGAGCCGGAUCUCCGUGCCAGUCCAUUCCUUUGCAUCCUUAAGUAUAAAGACGACUGGUGAGUCUUUCACGUCUGACUUCCAACUGUCUGUCCCCUUGUCUAUUUCUGCCCUGACUGGACUCUUACUCUGGCUCUGCUCAGGGAUUGGUUCUCUCCGUGAACUUCUGAGUCCUGGUCUACACUCGCCUUCGCUCCUCAGGCUCUGCCCCUCCCCGCCCCUCCCUCACCUCCCAGACGGAGUGAGGGCUUAAAACAAGAGAAAUCCCAAGCCUCCUCCCUUCCACCUCUCAUCUUGCUUUUUCCAGUGCCUGAGGUGGAGCCUCCCCAGGAGAGCCACAGCCGGAAGAUGGUUCUGAUCAAGACCAUUGAGACCCGGGAUGGGGAGGUAAGAUGGGUCACUUGAGCGUAGGACCCCAUCAUUUCUCGUAGUAUUUCUGAGCCCCAGCCUGGCUGCAGGUAAUCUUAGGGUGUUUGUGGGUUAGUGAUUCUUGGGGUGGGAGUGAGACAGGGAGAUGGAAGUGGAUGGUCAGACUGGAGCCUCAACUGGUUAUGCCAGGGAGGGGAGACACCGUGCCACAAAGGAGCUGGAAGGAGGGUGGUGCUGAACGGUUUGUGCGCCUCACGUGCCUCGGCCCCCAGCAGGUGGUGACAGAGUCUCACAAGGAGCAGCGCAGUGAGCUGGACAAGUCUUCUACUCACAGCUACUGAACUUGUUGGUCCAGAGCUCCCUGACCCUGCCCUGGACCUCUAAGCCCCAAUCCUAACACCGGUCCCGAAUUAGUCUCCUCCCCCUCUGCAUGUGUCCACCAGAUGGCUCCAGUCACCCCUUCCCUGGCCGUGGCCAAACCCUACCCAGCACCACAGCUGGGCCUCUCCAUGCCCACAGAGACAUGAUCCAUAUGUUUCUCAUUUCUUAUCUUGGUAAGAGUCUAUAUGUUCCCCCAUUUCUUGUCCUGGUAAGAAUCUAUAUGUUCCCACAUUUCUUGUCCUGGUAAGAGGCCAACCAUCCCCAGGAUGAGUCUACUCCUGCCACGACCCCAAGAUUAGUGGGUGGGUCAGGGUCUGAGUUUCACUUUUAAAUCAAAUAAAACUGCUAUCAAGGGAA